UUAAUUAUUAAUUGAUGACAGAUCAUAAUAUAAUGUAAAUGAGGUAUUUAAGUAAAAGUGAAAUGAUAUUGAAAUACAUAUAUAAUUUUUUUUUCUGCAGUUACAUCGAGAACCACUAAAAGAGAUAAUAUAAAAUGGCUGAAAAGGAAGCAGACAAAAAAGUGCAAACAGAAGAAGUACCAACGACACAGGUUUUGCAAGAAAACGAAGAUGACAGUAUGAAAACGCAAUUAAAUGAAGCAGUGUCGCUGGAUUUGAAAAAACUUAAAGCAACAGUUGAUAAAACAUCAGAUUCAAAAAUAAAUGAAGAGCAAGAAGAUGUAGAAGAGACAAAAGAUGAAGAGAAAGAAACCAAAGAUGAAAAAGAAGAAAACAAAGAAGGGGAAGGCAAAAGUAAAGAAGUGUCAGAAGUAGAAGACAAAAAGGAAGAAGGCGCAGAAGCAGAAGACAAAGAAGAAGAAGGAACAGAAGCAGAAGACAAAGAGAAAGAAGGCGCAGAAGCAGAAGAUAAAAAGAAAGAAGGCUCAGAAGCAGAAGACAAAGAAGAAGAAGGAACAGAAGCAGAAGACAAAGAGAAAGAAGGAGCAGAAGCAGAAUACAAAAACAAAGAAGGCACAGGAGCAGAAGUCAAAACGGAAGAAGGCGCAGAAUCUAAUUUUGAACUGGGUGCUGUCAGAAGAAGAAAGAAGAAGGAAGGCACAGAGUCACUGCAGUAUCGCCUAAAAGUUUGUCAAGGCAAUAAGGAUGGAAGACAUGGUACCAGAGGCCCUACGUUAGAAUCAGGUGAGAUGUGUAUGUAUGCAGCGACACAAAAGAAAAUACGUUUGCUGGCGAAACAAGCAUGCUUCAUCUUAUCGCCAACUUGCAGUUCUCACACUGUUUCAACUACUAACGAACGAAAUACUACAUUUGAUUCCAAGAAGGAAGAAGAAAGUCAAGUAGAGAGUAACUUAAAAAAAUCAACCAUAUCCAGUGAUAAACCUUACCACUUUUCUCUUCUUUUUUUCAUUUAGGAAGUGACAGGACACAAAGGCAGAGAAGACGUGUUUCGAAAAAGAUUUACGUGUGUUACGAUCGAGAUGCUUGUUUAUAUGCACACAACAAAGCGAGAGAUUGCCAUAAACUUUCAAUGUUAACGUGGGAUACUAAACUUGCCGAAGAUGCAAAAAACUGGGCUAUACAUCUGGUUGAAAAUAACCUUUUCUGCCACCAAGGGGGUGUCGGAGAAAACCUGUAUGAAAUGCCAUAUUCUGAAAAA